AUGGCGCUGGGGCGUGCAGAGAUCGGCUGGUUCCCAGGGCUUCAGGAUCCCACGGGCGAGUCCACCUGGCCCCCAGCUGUUGUUUUGAUGGCUCACCUUGCCUCCAGUCGCGGCCGGGCGCUGCUGCACGGCAAGGAUGUCUUGGAGCUGGGCGCGGGCAACGGUGCUUUGGCCAAAGCCGUGGCGGUGAACGCCCAGCCGCGGAAGUUGGUGGCCACGGAUCUGCCACAUCGGGUCGAGGAGAACAAGAGCCUCAUGGGUUGGGGGAUGAGGGGGGUCCGUGCGGCAGCCCUCCACUGGGGCGACGCUGCAGCAGUGGCCCAGCUAUGCCGCGAGCACUUCGGCCGGCCGCACGCGCAAGUGGUGCUCAUCAGCGAUUGUCUCUACACCAACUGGGUUGAGGAUAGCGCUCAUCUGCUGGCGAAGACCUUACAUGCAGCCUUAGCCUCUGAGAGCGGCUUGGGAGCAGAGGAGAUGGACGCCUCAGGUAUUGCUUUGUUGGCCUAUUUGCCCAGAAGUGGCCCUUUGGAGGCUCAUUUCUUCGAGUGCGUUCAGCACGUCUACGGCUUGCAGACCUUGCCCAAGCCCUUGCCCGUGCCUUGGAAGAAGGAACGGUGCCCAUCUACAGCGCAUUUAAAGGGGGGGGCAUGUCGGGCAUGCAGCCACUUUGGAUUGCAUUUUUCCGGCAAAAAAGGCCCGGCCAUGCUUUAG